AUGGUAUUAUUCAUAUCUAAACGUUCUUCUUUACUGCUGAUAAUUCUUUUCUCAAUAUUACUUUGUAUCACUACAACAACUUUAUCCUUAUCUUUAUUAUGUCUCCCGUUAUAUAAUAGACAAUCAAGGUUAGGAUUAUAUUUUAAAGCAUUCGAUCAUAAUCGCUUCAGCAUCAGAGAUUCUUUAAUUGUCUUACCUGUGAUUUUAUUAUUUCAAGCAUGUAUUAUUUAUCCAAUUUCUAUAUUCAAUUUUUUCUUUAAUAAAAAAAUUAAUAUAAAAUUUUCACAAUUACUUGCCGUUUUACAUCUAUUAUGCAUUAUUUUCACAAUUGUAGCAUUUAUUAUACAUUUAAACUCUAUUUCAAAACUGGUUUUUGAAAAUAUUAAUACACAAUUAUAUGAUUAUAAAGAUAUAGAUAAAAUUUCCGGGUUUUUGGCAAGAUAUAAGAAAUUAUGGAUUUCUAAUUUUGCAAUUUUAAUAUUUACCUUAAUAUUCAACGCAUUCUCAUUUAGCUUAUUAUAUGUUCCAAUUACUUUUUUUUCAUCGUUUAUCACUAAUGAUAAUUUUAAAAUUAUCGAUACUAAUACCAUUGAUUCAACUGAAAAUACCAUACAAGACUCUACAACAGAGAUAGCAUCUGAAAAAAAUAAUGAAUCUUUAAUGGACCAAUUGAAUGAUCCAAUGACUACAAAUGCACUAAUUACCACUCCAUCAAGAACAACCAACUCUCCAAAACUAGCUAAUAUGAGAAAUUCUUUUAUAGAGAAAAAUUACCUUCAAAAGCCAAAUUUAUUAUUCGCGGCUAUUCCGAAAAAGACUUCCGAUCAAACUUUAACACCAGAUAUGGAAUUAAAGUUAGAUGUACAACAAUCACAAUUGCAAUCUCAAUUACAAUCACAAAUAUUAAAUCAUGCGCUUCUGAAUUCUCCAAGACCUAAUCUAUCAAGUCAACUUCUUUCAAGUCAAUUAAUAUCAACUGAUAUAUAUAAAUUAAAUUUAUACCCAUCAACCAAUUCUUCUCUUGAAAUUUUAUCCAAUAAUCAAUACCAAAACUCAGAAAAGCUAUCAUUAGAAAGAACAAAUAGUAUUUUAUUACCACCAGUUCAUGAUUCAUUUAAUGAAAACUUCAAUAGUUUAACUAAUUCUACAAUUUCAAGCGAUAAGAAAGACAAUUUUCAAAAUCAUGGUUUAAAUAAUAAUGAUAAUACUUCAUCUAACAAUCAACUAAAUACAACCCAUAAAGAUCAAUUUUUACAUGAAAGUUUGAACUUCAGUUUUCCAGCACAUAACAAUCAUGAUUCUGAUUCUGAAAUGAUGACUUCAAACAUAAACUUGCAUAGUGGUAUCAAUGAGGCAAACGCUUUAACACCACCGGUUGAUACCAAGAUAAAUAAUAGAGAUACCCAUAUGAAUUCCAAUAUUAAAACACCUUUGCAUAAUAAAAAAGAAAAUAAUCAAUUUGAUAUAAACAAUACGAAUAGAUAUGCCAUAUUAAAGACCCCCGAUAAUAGAUCUAUUGAUAGUGAAGCGAAUGAUAUUAUGUUAGAGACUAAUGUUAAUCCUGAUGAUAUCCAACAUGAUACAAUUAGUACUUUAAAUCAAUAUUUGAAUGAACAAAUUCAAAGGGAGGAAAAAAUGAAGUAUAAUAAUCAUAAUGGUGAUGAUGAAAAUAGUUCCGGUAAUUCUAAUUCAACUACAGAUAUGAAUUCCACCAAAAUGUACUCAUUAGAAGAUGGAUUAAAUCAAAAUUUAUCAACUUCUUUUUUGAAUGAUAAGUUAUCUUUAUCGAUUUCAAGAACCAAUACAAGACAUUCGCCAACAAAAUCGAUGAUUUCAUUCAUGAGCACAAACAAUAAUAGUAAUACCACUAGUACUAAUAAUAAUAAUAAUAAUAAUAAUAAUAAUAAUAAUAAUGGUGGAAAUUCAAGUUUUCACACUCACCAAAGGCAUCGUACCAAAAAUAGUUGUGGUAGUUUCAUUAAUAUUUCAUUUACAAAUAAUACAAUUUUAAACCAUCCUGUUGUAGGCGUUAAUUCUCAUAGUCCUGUUACAUUAACUCCAUCUCCAUCAAGGGCACAAACUUUAAAACGAUUAGGUAAGAAAAUAUCAAUUUCAAAUAUAUCGGACACUUUUACACAUUCAAUAGGAUCUUCAGAGCAUAGUAUUGGUAUAUUCGGAUAUGGUAACAGUAGUAAUAAUAAUACUCUAAAUAAUAAUUUAAGCACUAAUACUAUCAAUAAUAGUUUCAACUGUAAUAAUAUUACAUUCGUUACAAAUGAAAGUCCAUCCACAAUCACACAACAGAUUGAUCCAGAGAGGAAAGGGAGUGUUGAUUUUAGUUUUGUCCAUUCAUUACAAAAGCAUAGUCAUUCACCAACAAGAUCUACUAAUAGUAUUCCUAUAGAUAAAAGGUUUUCUCCAUCUCCAAAUUCAAAUAAUUUACUGAUAAGUCCAUCAUUACAAUUAGGUUCAUCGUCCUCACCAUAUUCUAGCAAGUAUGUCAAUUAUCAUAAUGGUACUUCUUCAAAUAGUCAAUCUAUGUCUUAUAGUAAAUCUGUUAAUAAUAAUAGUAACAAUAAUAAUAAUUUAGCUUUACUGCCAAUACCACAUUUAUCAAAUUCUACAUCAAAUUUGAAUAAUCUGAUGUUCAAAAACGAAAAUAAUCCUCUACUAAAUAACUUUAAUCCGAGUAGAAUAUCAAGUGUUGAUACGAAUGGAUCACUAAGAAGAAGAUCGAAAAGUAUGGGAGUUACAGAUGUAUCAAAUAAUUUUGAUAGAGCAAGCAUCAAGUCCAAUACCAGUUUCAGUGUUUUAUCUUCCAUUGUCUCAGAUACUAACUACCCAGAUUACGUUUUUAGUCAAUAUGACCGGGAGAAAUAUAAAAGACUUUCAUCUAGAGAUUCCCAACGAGAGCCUGAUUUUUAA